AACACAAAAAUCAAACAAAUUCCACCUCACUCACAUCCCCUUAUCCCUUUCCCUCUUCCACCACACCACUUGAUCCAAUACAAUACAAUCAAAACACACAAAUAAUCCACUUUCAAGAACACCAAACAACUACAACAUAUCCACUUUCAAGAAAACACCAAACAACAACAACAUAUCCCAUUUUCAAGAAACAUCAUGUGAGAAACAAAAUAACCAUGCAAGAAACACUCCAUAUCUCUUCUUCUCCAUCAUGUCCCCUUCCUAAACCCUCCAUUUCAAGAACACCCAAAUCCUUUAAACCCCCUACCACCAUCUCCUUCCCACCCCACCCCAAACCACCCACCCCCAUCACCACCCCCCACCUUACCCCUAUCCCACCACCCCCACUUCAAGAAAAGCUCCUUUUUUUAGACUCUCUUGGUAUAGACUCAUUACAUUGCCUUACUUCACAUCCACUUAUAAUAUCCUCUUCAUUAUCUGAUCUCAAAUCAAGAAUUGAAUUCCUUCACUCAAUCAAUCUUAACACCCUUGAUGUUAAAAGAGUUGUACACAUUUGCCCUGAAGUUUUAACAACUCCACUUUCCACCACAAUGUUACCAGCUGUAACUUUUUUGCUCAGGGAAGCAAAUGUUACAGGAGAUAAACUACCUGGAAUACUACGUCGAAAGCCCCGGUUACUUACUAAAUGUGUAGAAAAGAAUUUAAGACCAACACUUUACUUUUUACAAAGUACUAUUGGUAUUGAGGAUGUUUCAAAAUGUGCUAGUUUAUUGUCUUGUGAUGUGGAGAUUAAGUUUAUACCACGUUUGGAUUACUUUUCAAGAAUUGGGUUUUCGUUUAGAGAUGCGAAAGUGAUGUUUCGGAGGUUUCCUUCGUUGUUUUGUUAUAGUGUUAAGGAGAAUUUGGAGCCGAAAUUCGAUUACUUUGUUGUGGAAAUGGGAAGGGAGUUGAAGGAAUUGAUUGACUUUCCGCAGUAUUUCUCGUUUAGUUUAGAGAAUAGGAUAAAGCCGAGGCAUAAGACGUGUGUCGAGAAAGGCGUGUGCUUGUCGUUGCCCGUGAUGUUGAAGUCUCAUGAAUCGAGGUUUCGUGAUAGGUUGGAGGUUUGUUGUAGCUCUUCAAUGCCGUGUUGAGGAGAAUUUGGAGCCGAAAUUUGAUUACUUUGUUGUGGAAAUGGGGAGAGAGUUGAAGGAAUUGAUUGAUUUUCUGUAGUAUUUCUCGUUUAGUUUAGAGAAUAGGAUAAAGCCGAGGCAUAAGAUGUGUAUUGUGAAAGGCGUUUGCU